AUGGCCACCUACUGCAAAGACCUGGGCCCCUCCUCGGCCCCGCCCGGCCAGGCCCGGGCCACCGCGCACCCCCCGGGCUAUGAGCAUAGUGAUCUGGGCGCAGUGGGCGGGGGCCCGCGCCUGUGGGUGAAUGCGCCAGCGCUCAGACCCAAGUCCUACGCUUCAGGUCCCGGGCCCGUGCCGCCCUACGCGGCCCCAGGCUACGGGGCUCCCAGCCCGCUCCUUGGCGCCCCGGGUGGCCUGGCGGGCGCCGACCUCUCCUGGCUGAGCCUCUCCGGCCAGCAGGAGCUGCUGAGGCUGGUGCGGCCGCCCUAUUCCUACUCGGCGCUCAUCGCCAUGGCCAUCCAGAGCGCGCCCCUGCGGAGGCUGACUCUCAGCCAGAUCUACCAGUACGUGGCUGGCAACUUCCCUUUCUACAAGCGCAGCAAGGCGGGCUGGCAGAACUCCAUCCGCCACAACCUGUCGCUCAACGACUGCUUCAAGAAGGUGCCCCGCGACGAGGACGACCCAGGUAAAGGCAAUUACUGGACCCUGGACCCCAACUGCGAGAAGAUGUUUGACAACGGGAACUUCCGAAGGAAGAGGAAGAGGAGAGCUGAAGCCAGCGCGGCCUCGCCCUCGGGAGCCAGGAGCGAGGGAGAGGCCGAGGCGCCCGCGCUGGAGCCCCCGGGCGCGGCUUGCCGGGACCUGCCGGUUUCGCCCUCUCCAUCCGCACCCGAGGCCGCCACCUGCUUCUCCGGUUUCGCCUCGGCUAUGAACGCACUGGCGGGCGGCCUUGGCACCUUCCCCGGGGGCCUGGCGGGCGACUUUUCUUUCGGGAGGCCGCCGCCGACGGUCGCCGUCCACGCUUCCCAGACCCUUAGCCCCUCUCCUGGCUUCGCCCCUGGCCACCAGCCCGCGGCCACUGGCUUCCGCGUCAGUCACCUCCUCUACAGCGGGGAAGGGACCGAAGUUUGA